CCCGCGGCCACCGUUAUCCGCGGAGGCCAAUUCCUAGAACGGCGCCCUGAUGAACAUCCGGGGCCGCUCUAGGCUCCUUACCUGCAGCGCUUCCGGGUAGGUCGGGGAAGACAAGCCAGCCAUGGAGGCGGCCGGAGUGGCUCCCAUCCGAGCCCAAUACCGCUGCACGAAAGAGGACUUCCACGCCCACCUUGAGAAGGAAGAGAAGCCGAGGAAAGAUCCGGAUGGAGCCAAGAACGACCUUCAGGCCGCCGAGCGAGGGGAGCCUCCUGCCAAGCUGCAGAAGGUGGAACUCGAUGGGGCUGGAGAAGAGAAGCCCGCAGAAGUUGCCGUUGCCGGUGAGAGCGCCCCAGAGCCUCCGGGACGGAAGAGGCUGAGAGGGCAGAACAAGAACCGACAUUGCAUGAAGCCGACUCACUACGAGAAGCAGCGCUUGUGUCCCUCCGUGGUUCAGGAACGUCUGGAGAAAUGCUUCUACGGCUCCAGCUGCCGCUUCCUGCACGACCUUAAGGAGUACAUGGCCGCCAAGCCCCCAGACCUCGGGGGCCGCUGCCUGCUGUUCGAGACCUUCGGCCGGUGCACGUACGGGGCCACCUGCCGAUUCGCCGGAGCUCACCUGGGAGAGGGCUACAAGAACCUGGUGAACGCUGACCUCCUGAAGCAGUGGGAAGGGAGGCUGGCGGUGAGAAACGGUCUCAGCAAGGACGUCCAGCAGCAGCUGCGCAAGAAGAAAAUGCCCUUCGCCAGAUCCAGCGAGUACCUCCGUUCCCUGGGCAAGACCCACCCAGCCAGGAGGUCUGGCACCCAGGCUGCGGUGGCAGAGACGAGGGUCUCGGACUGCUCUGCUUCUGAAGGAACCGAGGAGCUUGGAGCGGCCAGGUUGGAGGCACCGAACGGUUCUAACCCAUCGGAAGGAGUAGGAUCUGCUUCGGAAACCGCAAAGACUCCGAUUCCUCCAGCAGAACCCGUUCUGGAAAGAGUGGGCUCGGUGACGGAUGAAGACACGGUGAAACUGAGGCCAUCUGAGAAACCCAAGUUGGAUCUGCAUGGCAAGCUCUAUUUGGCCCCUCUGACCACGUGCGGCAACCUUCCCUUCCGUCGGAUAUGCAAAGGCUACGGGGCGGACGUCACCUGCGGAGAGAUGGCGGUGUGCACCAACCUCCUUCAGGGACAGUCUUCCGAAUGGGCGUUGCUGAAGCGCCACGAGACCGAGGAUCUCUUCGGGGUUCAGCUGGAAGGAGCCUUUCCAGACACCAUGACUAAAUGCGCUGAGCUCCUGAACCAAACCAUUGAGGUGGAUUUUGUGGAUAUCAAUGUGGGAUGCCCAAUUGACCUGGUCUAUAACAAGGGUGGUGGAUGUGCUCUGAUGACCCGAACCAAUAAGUUUGAGCAAAUCGUCCGAGGCAUGAACUCCGUCCUGGAUGUUCCGCUGACGGUUAAGAUCAGGACAGGUGUGCAAGAGAAGACGAACCUGGCUCAUAAACUGAUCCCCAACCUCCGAGAAUGGGGAGCCUCGUUGGUCACGCUCCACGGCCGAUCGAGAGAGCAGAGGUACACAAAGAUGGCAGACUGGGCCUACAUAGCGGAGUGUGUCCAGGUGGCCAGCCCCAUGCCCCUCUUCGGAAACGGCGAUAUUUUUUCUUUCGAAGAUGCUAACCGAGCCAUGCAGAGCGGAGUUUCAGGGGUCAUGAUUGCACGGGGAGCCCUCAUCAAACCUUGGAUCUUCACCGAGAUCAAAGAACAGCGGCACUGGGACAUCUCUUCCAGGGAGAGGCUGGACAUCCUCCAGGACUACACCAACUACGGCCUGGAACACUGGGGCUCAGACACCCAAGGCGUGGAGAAGACCAGGAAGUUCUUGCUGGAGUGGCUUUCCUUCCUCUGCAGGUACAUCCCCGUGGGAUUGCUGGAGCGCCUGCCGCAGCGAAUCAACGAAAGGCCCCCUUACUACCUGGGCCGAGACUACUUGGAGACUUUGAUGGCUAGCCAAAACGUGGACGACUGGAUUAAGAUCAGCGAGAUGCUGCUGGGCCGCGUCCCUGCCAACUUCUCCUUCCUGCCGAAACACAAAGCGAAUUCUUACAAAUAGGACGGCUGAAGGAGAAGCGCCGACAUCCUCCGUCUGCUGCUUUCCUGUCUUGUUUAUUCGAAUCAUUAAAAGAAAUUUUUCCUUUUUUUAAAAAAAAAGAAAAAGACGAAAAAAAAUCA